CUUGAUUGAAUGUGCCAGUUAUUGUACUUAUUUAUUCUCUGGUUUUAUUCUUUUGCAGGCUUCCCUAGGGAGUUCAAGUCCAGUUGGCUCUUUAUCGUCAGAAGACCAUGACUUUGACCCAACGGCAGAAAUGUUAGUUCAUGAGUAUGAUGACGAGAGGACUCUGGAGGAGGAAGAGUCUCUGGAGGGAGGGAGGAAUUUCCGUUCUGAGAUUGCAGAUCUGGAAAAGGAGGGAAACAUGCCUUUGGAGGAACUAUUGGCUAUCUAUCGCUACGAGGCCUCAGCAGGCUCCAGUAUAGACAGCUCCUCUGGAGACCUGACUGAUGAGCUGCCUGACAUGACUUUGGACAAGGAGGAAAUAGCUAAAGACCUGUUGUCUGGGGACUAUGAGGAGGAGACCCAGUCCUCAGCUGAUGAUCUGACCCCUUCUGUCACCUCCCAUGAGGCUACUGAUUUCUUCCCAAGAACACUUCGAUCCAAUGCUAUCUCUGAUGGUGAUAAAGAGUCAGAGUGCGAUGAAGAUGGCCCAAGCCCAGAGGACUCCAGAAAGGAAAUUAUGGUGGGAACACAGUACCAAGCAGAGGUUCCUUCUUGCCUCUGUCACUACAAAGAUGGGGAGAAAGUUUAUGAGGAUGAAGACGAGUUGUUAUGGAGCCCAGGUACAUUGCCAGAAAACAAGGUUAGGACUUUCCUGUCUGAAGUGUUGUUACGGACAACGGAUGAAAAGACAGGAUGUGACAAACCAGGGAUGCAUGUUCGAGACAAUGAACAGGCCUUGUGUGAGCUCGUCAAGUGCAACUACAACACCCGUGAAGCACUAGAGAGAUACUGCAGCCGUGUAAAGUCCUCAAAAGAAAAAACACCUCCGUGGUCAGAAGAGGAGUGCAAGAACUUUGAACACGCACUACAGAUGUAUGACAAGAAUUUCCACCUCAUACAGAAACAUAAAGUCACAACACGAACUGUCGCAGAAUGUGUGGCGUUUUACUACAUGUGGAAAAAGUCAGAGCGCUUUGACAUCUUUGUGCAGCAGAAUCGAUUCGGGAAGAAAAAAUACAGCAGCUAUCCUGGCGUAACUGACCUGAUGGACAGGCUGGUGGAUGAAGCAGAGGGACUGGCGGUGGACAGUUCCUCCUCUGUGUGCUCAGGAGCAGGUGGAGGAGGAAGGCUGGAGACCACCGCAGACCAACAGCUCAGCCUGCUCAACUCCAUCACCGCUAGCGACCUCACAGCUUUGAGUAACAGUGUAGCCACAGUGUGCAGCCCUGCAGAGGUCAGUUGUUUGGACUCCUACAGCUUUCCUCCACUGGACAGUCUCCAUCGUGGGUCCCUGAACCAUGACGAAUCCCUCGGGUUCCCUUCAAAUGGCGCAGACCCCGACUGCCUCAACAUGCUCGACGCCGGCUUCUACCACUCUGACCUGGGCCAGCUAGGAGGAGUGUGCGUCAACAAGGACUGCGAGCGGCCCUCCAAGAGACUCAAGAUGGCCCUGCCUGACUCCUUUAUCAAUGACGUGUCUGUGGGUAACCUCGGAGUGGACUUUGAAGCACGACGGACAGCAGCGCACCACCACCGAAUCACCGGCGCCAAAAUGGCAGUGUCUGUCACAGACUUUGGGAGCUUGGCUGGCAGCGGCGAGCCCAACGGGUUUCUGGGAGCACAUGCACGGCACCACACACAGCACACUGCGGCACUUCAGUCAGAGUGAUCUUCCUCAUUUUCUUCCCUUGUUCUUCCCCUUUGAAAGCCCUUAUCCCGCUUGUACAUAAGACUGACCUCACUGGAGAAUCUGAUUUGUUUAAAUUCUAUUAUAUAUAUAUAUAUCUAUAUAUAUGUAUAUGAAUAUACUUUUUUUGUUUUCAUUUUUUGUGUAAUAUGACAUCAGUGAUGUCUAUCAUAUAGAACUAAAAUCUUGAUUUCUCUCAAGAGUUUAUAUAGCCAUUUAUUUUAUUUUUGUUUUGCGGUCUUGAGAUGUGUAACGUCCAUGUACAGUGGGGCCCAGAGGCUGCAGUAGGAGAGUUGUGUAUCUUCCUCCUUCACAUCUACACACAACAUCUUCAGAGCUACAAUAUGUUAUCCUGCCAUUCUUUCCAGCUGCCAAAAAUGGCUUAGUUUUCUGCCUCUAGUGUUAGUAUUUAGUUGCUUGUCUUUGUUGUUUGAAGUGGUACUUUUUUAAAAAAAUAGUGUUUGGUUUACAGGUACUUUUUAGUAACCACGCUGGUGGAGAUGGGUUUUAUUUGCCCCCAAAUAAGGCUAGACAUUGUAUGAAGAGCAACACUAGCAUGGAGAUUAGCUUGGAGAUCAGGAAGUGUCAUGGCUUCAGCUGCUAAGGCCUUCCAGUUUGGGUUUCUUUUCUUUUGAUUUUCUCCUGUGGAAGCUGGUCUGUAGUUUGUCUGCUUGUUUACUUUUAAACUGUUCAGAGUUGCCAAACUGGAACAUGUGAAUGUUUGCAACAA